AUGGAAAAAAAAACUGAAGGUAUUUAUCUAACCAUCAUUCUCGGUGCUCUGUCAGUUCUUAUAGUUCUCUCGAACGCUGUUAUUGUCACGCUGGUUUGCUUCAACAAAACCCUUCGCACAUACACAAAUUGGUUGAUUCUGUCCCUUGCUGUGUCCGACCUACUGACUGGUAGCCUACUUUUUCCUAUGACGCUAUUCAAACCAUCAUAUGUCGUCGAAGGAUACUUCGCCGCAAUGAUUUUACUUUCGGGUGUUAUCAACAUUUCGGCAGUUACUUGCGAUCGUUUUAUUGCUAUAGUGAAACCUCUAGAAUAUUCAUAUCUCGUUCCCAAAUUCUUCAAGAGAGGAAUUGCGAUUAUUUGGCUAGUUCCGGCCAUAUAUGCCUCUGUUCCUUUGAUUUGGGGCGCAGAUCAUUCAAAAACAGCUCAUAGAGUCUACUUGGCGUGCUUAGAGCUGCUUGGUGUCGUCGUUCCGUACAUCUUCAUAACUGCAGCCUACAUUCAAAUUUUCAGACAAGUGCGCAGAAGCUUAGCGUUAAGGAAAAACUUGAAAUCUGUCUCGAGACAAAUCAACGAACGCAGACGCAUUUCCGCAGAUGCCAAGGUAGCCAAAAUCUACUGCAUUGUGUCUCUGGCCUUUUUGUUCUCUUGGCUACCAAUCCUUUACAUGACAACAGCUUUUAUUGUAAAACGGAUUCAAGUUGUCCCAGACAUCUUAUCCUCGGUUUCGUUCUUCACCAUAGCGGCGGGUUCGCUGGCAAAUCCUCUGCUGUAUGCUUUUCUAAAACCUGAUUUCAAGAUGGCUCUUCGGAAUUUAUAUCAGAAAUGUUCGAGC